UCUCUCUCUCUCUCUCACCUCCUCCCUCUGUCAUUAGGCUUUUCGCCGGCUAUACACACCGACACACUCCCUUCCCCUUAAACACGGAGAAUAAACACGGAGCGGCGGCCGGAGCAGGACUAACCUCCCCCCUCGGUGCGCACCAUCCAUGGUCCUCCCCUGCGAGCCUGUCUGACAGGAGGGUUGGCGUUACUUUGCUGAAGCGACCGAGGCAGGCCCUAAGUCAGAGGUGAAGAAAGCAAGACAGGAGUCCUCCCAGACAGCAGGGGGCAGCAGCAGCAGGCAUGCAGGACUCAACCUCAGACAGCAUGCUGGAGACCAAACAGGAACAGAACUCCAAGCAUCUGGACGAACACAGAGAAACAGACGAAAUGUCUGAGAAGACGUCGCCAAACAAGAACCUCAAAUCCCCCCAGAAAGGCUUCAAGCGACUGAAAACGGCCCCCUUCAAAAUGACCCUGCUGGACACUUCUGACUUUGAAGGAGAAAUCGAGAAACACUCAAGAGGACAGACCCUGAUUGACAUGGUGUGUGAGCACCUCAACCUACUGGAGAAAGACUACUUUGGCCUGACCUUUGCUGACACAGACACCCAGAAGAACUGGUUGGACCCCUCCAAGGAGAUCAAGAAGCAGAUGCGCAACUCUCCCUGGAACUUUACCUUCUCAGUCAAGUUCUACCCUCCAGACCCUUCCCAGCUCACUGAGGAUAUCACCAGAUACUACCUAUGUCUGCAGCUGAGGGACGACAUGCUGUCAGGUCGACUGCCUUGCUCGUUCGUCACUCACGCCCUUCUGGGCUCCUACUCCGUUCAAGCCGAGUUGGGAGACUAUGACCAGGAUGACCACGGAUCUGACUAUGUCAGCGAUUUCCGCUUUGCCCCCAAUCAGACUCGCGAGCUGGAGGAGAGGGUGAUGGAGCUCCAUCGGAACUACAAGGGGAUGACUCCAGCAGAGGCUGAAAUUAACUUCUUGGAGAAUGCGAAGAAACUGUCCAUGUACGGUGUGGACCUCCACCAUGCUAAGGAUUCCGAAGGGAUUGAAAUAAUGCUGGGGGUCUGUGCCAACGGUCUGCUGAUUUACAGAGAUAGGCUGAGAAUCAACCGCUUUGCCUGGCCAAAGAUCCUAAAGAUCUCUUAUAAGAGGAGCAACUUCUACAUCAAGAUACGACCUGGAGAGUACGAGCAGUUUGAAAGUACAAUCGGUUUUAAGCUUCCCCACCACAGAGCUGCCAAGAGGCUGUGGAAGGUCUGCAUUGAGCAUCACACUUUCUUCCGGCUGGUAUCUCCAGAGCCUCCACCUAAGGGCUUCUUGGUGAUGGGUUCAAAGUUCAGAUACAGCGGACGGACACAGGCUCAAUCCAGACAGGCCAGCGCACUCAUCGACCGGCCUGCCCCACACUUUGAACGCUCCACCAGCAAGAGGUACCUGCUGUCCAGGAGCUUGGAUGGAGCAGAGUUCUCACGGCCAGUCUCAGCCAUGUGUGAGAACCACGACGGCCUGUCCCACCGCAGCGCCGGCGAACAGCGUCGCCUCCGCAGCCCCUCGAUGGACGAGCAGGAGACCGAGCUGGAGCCCAGCUUGGAGCAGGACGAGGACCCAGACCAGGGCACGGAGUCGGAGCAGGAAAAAGACUAUGAUGGCAACGUCAGUCCAAGCCGAAAGAAAGAGAUCAUGGAGGAAGCUGGCUCACCAGCUGACAGUAAACAGGAGUUCCUGGACAAGUCUCAGGACGUCUUGCUGAAGCACCAGGCCAGCAUCAAUGAGCUGAAGAGAGCCCUGAGGGAACCCAACAGCAAGCUGAUGACCCGUGAGCAGCGUCUGUCUGGAAGCUCCCCGACCAGCACACCAGAGAAGAAGGCUUUGGUGGGUCGAUCAGCUGGGCAGGACCCUGUCAACAGCCUGUCUGUUGAGGGUUUCGUCCAGAAGACUGUGGUGACUUCACCUGAGGGCUCUGAGGAGUGGGUAUUGAUUGAAAAACAAGAAACUUAUCAACCAGACCCUGACUGGAACACAGAAGAAAAGUACAAAACUCUCACAUUGGAUUCCUCGUGGGAGAAAAAGGAGCUGGAAAAAGAGAUAGACAUUGCCAAGAUGAUAAAUAAAGAGGUGACAGGGUAUGACAGAAAAGGAAUGAAAAGCCAUAUCGAUGAAGCAAAGUUGUCGAGUGAGACAGAUGGAUGCUCGGAAUCUUGGACGACCAACAAAGGUCGUUUCGUGAUUCAAUUAUCUGAGAAUGCAGACUCGUUUCAAGACAAAUCUCAAAGUAAACCAUCUCACGCCUCGGACCCUGAGGCAAGCAGCGAUGUGGCCCCGGGCUCGCGCAAGAUAAAGGAACGCACAGCUUCUAAACAAAGGAAAAAGAGGAGACCCCAGAGCUUAAACCUGGGAAUGCCUGUGGAGCUCAUCUACGGGAAAGGAAGCAGUGAUUCUAGUGAGGAAGAAAAUGAAGGCGCCAACUCGGACAUUAGUCCAGACAAAAUUGUUCAAUCAGGAAACCAUUGUGAAUCAUCCCCGGUGGUGGUGAAGAAAGAGGAUCAGGGAUCAGGAAAAAAUCACUCAGUCAGGGUCUAUAAAGAUGCUAAACUGGAGGAAAUCUUGAUGGAAGAAAGCAUAGAGGUCUCUACCGAAGAGGAAGAGCAGGUUAUUAGAAAAAAAGUGAAUCAGGUCGGAGCAACGGAAAUUGAGGCAGGGUCGGUGAACGGACCCGGAAAGAUAGAACAUGAUAGUUCAUUAGCAGGUGUUAAAGGAGAAUGUGUGAUGAAGGUGCGAGGGAAGGGCCUUAUUGACAAUAAAGAGCUAGCAGAGGUAAAGCUGCGACAGGUCAGGACACACGAGCGGAAGAUCAGUUCUGGGGCAGAGGAUAUUGAAGGGUUCCUUGGAGAGAAAAGUCAGAGGACAUCUCUCCACCGACUGUCAGGCAGCAGCUACCAGUCGGAAAUCACCAGGAUUGUUCCUCUUAAGCCAGAGCGGUCAAAGAGCAUAGCAUGUAAGGAUGAAAGGGACAGGACAGGACAGGAUGAACUAACCCGGGUCGCCAGAAGAGAAUACCGCUGGUCGGUCGGCUCUCCGGAGGGAUCCACAGACCUCAACUGGGCUGAUCUCUCCACACACCAUUCAGCAUUUGCAGCAGAUCUGGAGGGUACUACUAAAACAGAUCAACACGACGAUAGCUAUCAGUUUGCUAGAGGGCCCACUGAGAGUCAGUCGUUCGGCUCUAAGAUUUCUGCUCUUCCCAAAAUGGCUCCCCCAGCCCCACCAGUGAAAACACAGAAGGCCAGGGAGUCCGGACUGAUACUGCGGAACAGUCGGAAUGCUGGCAGGGAGCCGGGCCUGGAUGCAGCCAAGAAGAGACACUCGGAGCCUGUCUCCACUCCUGCCAUUUAUGAAGAGCCAUUUGCUGAUUUCAAGAGGGAAUAUGGGGACAGGAGGCCCCAGCCGGGCAUAGUCCCCGAUGAAGAGCUGGAGCGUGACACUGUGGCCUGCAUGAGGGAAAGCCACCUGGGCAUCGAGCGGAAGUGCUCGAGCAUGACGGUCAGCUCCACCUCCAGCUUUGAGGCAGAGGUUGACUUCACCAUCAUCACAGAUCUCCACUCUGGCGUCGAGGACUUCUCUAAAGGCAUGUCGGAGCUGGGGGAGAGGGAGCGACAAGCCGAGGUGGGACGGGAGGACUUUGAGGAGACCUCCAGGUUCUACUCUGCCCGUCUGAUGGGCUCCUGUGACAAGUCUCCCAUAGAGGAGAAGCUUCCUGAGGCGGCAACACAUCAUGAGCCUCCUGUGGCGAAGAAAGACGCCAGUGCUGUGAGUGCAGCCCAUAUCCUGAAGAGGACCGACUCCAAGAAUGAGACACAAACUAAUGGAUCUGAGGUCCAUCCCAACACCGUCAACAUCUCCUCACAGAACCUUGGAGCCGUCAGCCCACUGGAGGCUCCUGUUGGCCUUAAAGAAAAUGGCUCCCCUGUCAAAGCCAGCGCCCGGGGGAGGGAGUCCGUCGUGUCCCCGGUGACCAUCACCGCUGAGACCGUCACCUCGGCAACCACAACUCAAGUUACCAAGACUGUGAAAGGAGGCUACUCAGAGACCAGAAUCGAGAAAAGGAUUAUCAUCACAGGAGACGAUGACGUGGACCAACAUCAGGCCCUCGCCAUGGCGAUCCAGGAGGCCAAGCAGCAGCACCCCGACAUGCUGGUGACGAAAGCAGUGGUCAUCAGGGAAACUGAGUCGCCCACUGAGGACGUGCAGCAGAACGCAGAGUCCUGAUCGGUAAAGAUGGCCCCUGACACGGGGAGACACGAGAGGGAUCCUCCAGCUGUGUGUGUCUCCUGCCCCACCUUGCAGUACGCCACCAAGAGGACUAUCUACUAAGAACAGACUGCGUUCCACGAGGCAGUCAGCUUCACUCCUGUCCCUUUAGACAAACCAACUGUGACCUGGCCUCCUGGCCUCCUGGCCCCCGUCUCCUCCCUCCGCCUCCCUACAGCACAGGAAACGUCUUCUACUGGAUAGUUUACGACUCGGAGUGAUGGAGGACUGAAAGAGAAACACCAUUCACAGCUGUAACCAUUAGAUUUAACCUCUAUUUAGAGUCAUUGUAUGAAACUUUACUUGCAUAUUAUUUAAUCUAACACGUUUUUUUGACUCAUGUGAUACCUCAGGAUCAUUUAAAUAAUUUGACUUCUUACCCCCAAACUCCAUGGCCCCUUUUCCCUUCCCUUAAAAAAAAGGUCUUUCUAUUUUAAAGUCAAAUUUCGUCUCUGUGCUACUGUCACAUAUGAAAUGUAUAUACGAGCAGUGAGUGAUUGGGUGAAAGUAUGGGGGGGGGGGGGGGCAGUGCUGGUGAUGGGGGGUGGGCUGCUGAGGAGGGUGCCGAGUGGCAAGUGGCAGCCUUUUAGCUCGACGUCGCCACCUCUUGGCUUGCGACACCUUCAAUAUAAUCAACAGCUGUCUUAUUGGCUUUUUACAUUUUUAUCUAUAGAGAAUCUAAUUUAUGUCCAGUGUUUGCUUGUUUAUGAAAUAUGUAUAAUACCAGAUGAUUAUAAUCUGCAUGAUUCAAUACAGAAAAUAGCUGAGGGAAUGAAAAAAAAGACACGGACACGAGCAUCUGGGGAGACCCUGUCCUCACAUUAAAGGCUGGUGGACACAGGACUCAUGUUGACGGACUUCACUGAGGAGCAUGAGGACGGAUCGGUUGGCAGCUUGAACUCCUCUUCAGGCUCAGACUCCGACACACAAACAUCGAUGUCCUCACUCCGUUUUUUCCCGCCACCUCCCCGUUCCAGUUUUCAUCACUGUGCCAACUCGCCAUCAACAUAGAGAAACGCUGGGCGCACGUUUUGGGCACAGGCAUAAAGAUUUGUAGAGACAUUUUAAUAUGAAUAAUGUGUCAUUUGAUAAGUUUCCGAAAUGGGAUGAUGUGUUUUCCUACUUGAUUUCACUGACUUCCACCAUGAAACAGAGUUUUAAAAUCUUUGUGAUUUUGGACGUUUCAGUCGUCACGUGUGAACCUGAAGGACAACAUCACACUACUGAUAACUCAAGUCCCCUCAAGUGUCGGGUCCUACAACUUUGCAAGAACUCAAUUGAAACACAAUUCAAGUCAUUCAAGUUUUUUUAGGUUUUUAGAUUGUGAUGCAUUUAAGAGAAAUCCAGUGAAUUAGGGGACUAACUUCUGGUCACGUUGCUGUGCCUGAAGUAUGUGGAAUCUGUGGAUUGAUUCCAAAUCUUACUGAUGUCCUUAUCAAUAAUCAAUAUAUGGAUCAUUACCAUCUCUGGAAUCUGUUAUAAUUAGUUGUUUGCCCACUUGUAGGCACUGCAACAAUCUGUUAGCUCAGCAUUGACGGCAUCAGCAUUUGUUUAGCAAACCGUAAAUAAAAAAAGAUAUUCUCCACUUUUCAAUCUGCAUGUUCACAAACACUGAAACGUUCAAUACCACGAGAUUCACAUGGGUUAUUGUUUUGUUGUUGUUGUUCUGUUGGAUGAACCUUUUUUAAGUUAUGCUGUAUGAGUUUGUAAUUGUAUUUAAUAGGAGUGGUGAGUGUGAGGCCUGUGGUUUUCCUUCCUCGUUUCCCUCGCAGACAAAGCGCAGACUCAGACCGACACACACGAUUGAAAUCCACAGGACCCGCCGUCGGUCACAUAUAUCCUGGAUGACCUUUAAUACUCUACUAUGCAUCACUUGUUGUCAUACAUGGGAAUCCCUGUGAUGGAGCCUGUUAGCCGUGUUGCUGUCAUUGUUAACUUUGUGCUACUGUUAACCCCCGGAGCAGCGAAGCGCACUGCUUGUGAGAAUUGCAAUAAGCAGCCAUUACUCUUAUCCCGAGUCCUCUUAAGGGAGAAAACUGUGAACUUGUCAUGCGAACCGAAGGCGUAACCAAAACCUAGAACAGACUUAGUGAUAUUCAAAGGAGCUUCUCCAACACUUGGCUUUCCAUGGCUUUGUCGCCCUCCUCGACCUAAAUACCCCCCACCCCCCCAUCCCCUGACUUGAAACUGUCGACCUGCUGUGGAAGUGUCCGCGGAAACAAGAGAUUCCCACACUGAUGUAUAUUCAAUUUUUUCCUCUGUUUUAUUUCAUCUGGUCUUAUGACACUGGACUGUUGUGAGGGCACUAGCUUGCCAUGAUAGCAGCACAUAUACUGUAAACUGUUUUUUUUGGGGGGGCUAAAAAUAAAACGGCCUAGCUUCCCUGCAGUACUGGACAUACAUUGGAAGAGAAUCACCUGUAGCCAGCAGGAGAGACGUGGUGCACUGUGGGUGAGGUGGUGAGUUGAAGGAUGGAGAACCUGUACUUAUAUACAUUUCUAUAUAAAUAUCCAUACUUGUGUAUGUUAUUCUGUAAAGUAUGUAGAAACCGUUAGGGAGUAGGGAUGUGUUGGGAGGUUCAAGGGACGAGGCAGUGAAAGUAGAAAAGCGAAGGACAGCAGAGCAAUAGAAAUGUCACAUGAGCGGGUGCCUUAUGUUGGGAGUGGUGGUCAUGGGAGUCGCAGUUGUCAGUGCUCGGCUGAAAGUGCUGUUAAGCACGGCGAGGCAGAUGUGGAGACGACCUCUGCUGUCAGUCCGAGGUGAGGAGACGAUUUAGAAUCUGGUGAAGAAAGUCCACUCUCUGAAUCUGGACUGCUCCUCCACCGUGAGAUGAAAACAUUUAUCGGCCCCAUUAACGUAGAGAACCAGCACAGUGCCCAUAGAGCUUCAUUUAUUUCUUUUCUAAGUUUUUAUUUGAGUUUUUCAUUUUUCUGUGAAGGGCAUCAAACUGCUCCGCUGUUUAACCUCCACCUUCAACUCUCCACUGCCUUUUGCUCUACAUUCCCCUAGUGCUUGGUGGUGUGCAUUUGCUGUAUUUGCAUUCAGCCUAAAUGGAAAACAUACAUGCAUAAAUAAAUGUCUCAGUACGAUUCAAA